CCCCCCCCCUCACCCCGCUCUGCGAGAUGGACACCACCACCGCGUCCAUCCCCAGCCCCUCGCCGGGCCUGAUGGCCGGCACCAUGCUGAAUGUCCCGCUGAAGAUCUGCCCCGACCUGGGAGACUACUCGUCCAUCCUGGGCACCUACAUCGAGGAGGUGUAUCAGCAGCCGCGGCAGGACUUUGCCGGGGCGCUGGAGGAGCUGUCGCGUCUGCGCGCCAGCGCCUCAUCGGUCAGCAGCCUGGAUGUCCGACUGCCGGAGAACACCAGCACGCCGAGCAGCGGCCCGGGCGCCGGCGCCGGCGCCGGGGCCCAGCAAAUCCUCUCGUCGGUCUUCCGCAAGGCCACGGCGCCGAGCUCCCCGACGUCGGUGGCCGCGUCGAGCGCCCAUCGUCAAGUGGGCUGCGAGCGCUCGCUCAAUGCCCUGCUCAAGUACUAUGCGCAGUUUGAGUACUUUUCCCUGCACUUCCCGAUGACCAAUCCGGCCGGCAGCCAGUCGCAGGAGCCCGGCAGCCCGGCCACCCACGAGGCGGAGUCCGAUGACCCGGCGUUGGUGAUGCCGCCGCUGCGCAUCCCCUUCCAGUGGAAGGACGCCUUCUCCGGGAUCACGGCCUCGCGCAAGGUGGCCGCCUUCGAACGGUCGUCCAUCCUCUUCAAUGUCGGGGCCAUCCUCGCGCGCAUGGCCUUCAAUGCCAUCAGCAAUACCUCUCCCUCUUUCAAUGAGGCGUACCGGCUGUACCAAUUUGCCGCCGGAUCCUUCCACCGCCUGUUGACGGACUUCUGCGACUCGCCCUCCUUCGACAUGUCGCACCCGAUGCUCUUCCUGCUGGAGAAGCUGAUGCUGGCCCAGUCGCAGGAGUGUCUCCUGUUCCGGGCGCUCAACUCCGGCAUGAAGCCCAAGACCCUGGCCACGGUGGCUCGCGGGGUGGUGGACUUGUACUCCGGGCCGCUGGCCAUCUGCCAGCAGCUUCAGCCGGGCAACUUCCCGGCCGACAUCCCGUACAAGAUCCUGCCGGCCGACGCGCUCCCGGCUGCCUGGCAUGACACCAUCCGGGCCAAGCAUGCCUUCUACCUGAUGCUGACGCACUACCUGUCGUCGGUGUCCUUCUGCGGGAGUUACGACACCCACCACAUCGAGCAGAUGCUCGGCAAUGGUCUGCACGCCAGCGAGCUGCUGAAGGAUCUGCAGGAGUCCCUGAAGAAGAAGUCCUCCCCGCCGGUGAAUGCCCUGAGUGAGCUGCUCACCUUCUAUGCCGGGCCUCUGGCCACCCUGUCGGCCACCCUGACCAAGGACAACAAUCUGAUUUACCUGGCCCGGGUGCCGAAGCCCGGGGAGCUGGUUCCGGUCGAAAGCCGGAUCAUGGCCCAGGCCGAGUGGUACAUCGGGUCGCUGGGGGCCGAGGCGGCCGAGCAGCUGGCCGGGACCGAUCUCUUCGAGAAGCUCAUCCCGAUGGCGGUGCACCUGCGGGUGUCGCAAUUCUCGCACCAGCUGUCCGGCGUGUAUCGCGAGGCUGGCGACCAGCUGGCCGCCCUGGUGGGGGAGUUUGACCGCUUUGUCGCGGCCCCUGUGGCCCACUCGGCGGACGGGCUGUUCGAGCAUCUGGCCAAGUACCGUGCCAUGAUCAGCUCCGAUGGCGCGCCCUCCGAGGGCACCCAGUCGAAGAUUGAGGCCGUUCGCCGGGACUUCGCGGCCACCGGCAUGACCCUGCAAAAUCGCCUGGAGGUGACCCAAUCCGCGCGGACCAAUGCCCUGGACCUGAUGGCCGAGAUCCAGCACUACAUCACCACCGAUCGGCUGGCUCACGAGGCGGCCCUGGCCCGACUGGAGGAGGUCAACUCCGAGAUGUAUGCCUGGUUCCUGCACUCCAAUCCCCAGGCCGAGGAUGGGUGCCCCUCGCCGCACCAGGUGACCCUGCAGAUGCCGACCACCGAUGAGGCUUUCGCCCAGCUGCAAACGCAGCUGGCCGAGUAUGAGUCGCAUUUGGCCACCGCCGCCGAGCAGGAUCGCCGCAUUGAGCAGCAGUUCACCCAGGACUGUGCGCGCGAUGUGGCCAUCAUGCUGCAGGACGCCGAGUCGGACUCGGAGAUCAGCAAGCUGAUCGCCGGCACGUCGCGCAUGUCCCUGACCCCCGGCGCCGGGGGCGGGUCCUCAUCGGUGGGGCACCUGCUGGAUGUGGACCUCGGCACGGCCAGCGGCUCUCCCCCGGCCUCGGAGCAGUCGCUGCAUGGGCUGAUCGGGCAAAUCGAGACGCUGGUCAAUGGCCUGCGCCUGGAGAUCGGCGAGCUGGAGCGCGACCUGCGCCAGCUGACCGAGCGCCAGCAGGCCGAGGAUGUGGACGAGGUCGAGGGGCAGAAGCUCACCUCGGCCCUGCUGCUGAAUCCCGGCUUCGAGGCGGACAUCAUGGACCGCGCGCUGGAGCCCCAUCGGGCCCUGGCCGGGGAGUUCACCCAGCGGGCCAAGCGGCUGCUGGGGCUGGGCGAGCCGGAUUCCGCGCUGUCCCGGCUGCUGGCGGCGUACGAGCGUCUGGAGACGCAGGUGCGCGAGGCGGAUGCCGGGGCGGCCGGCGCCAGCGCCGGCACCGGAGCCUACUCCCAGCGGGGCCUGGUGGACUCGCGCCUGUCCACGCAUGCCAGCCUCUACUUGACCCUGCUGCAGGACAUCCAGUAUGGCACGCAGUUUUACCAGGACCUGACGCGCACGCUUGGGCAGCUGGCUCGGGACACCGAGCAGCAGGCGGCCGCCCGGCGUGCGGAGCGCGACCAGCGCCUGGAGGCGGUGCGCGCCGAGCGCGACUCCAAGUACGAGUCGGUCCUCAAGUCGGAGGUGCAGCAGCUGGCUGGCGGGUCGGGCGGCGCCGGUGGGUCGGCGCCGCCGCUGCCGGCCCGGCCGCACGGCGCCCCCGGCGCCACCCCCUAUGGGGCCCCGGGCGGGCCGUACGGCUCCUCCUCGAGUGGCCCGGGCGGGGCGUAUGGCGGAGCUGCCGGUGCUCCGGGCGGCGCCCCGUCGUCGGGGUAUGGGCCCUCGGCUGGGUCGGGUGCCGGGCCGGGCGCCCCGGCCCCGUAUGGUGCCCCGAGUGGCGCGGGGUCGGCUGCGCCGGCCACCCCGGCGGCCCCGGCCCCCUAUGGCUCGGGCCCGUCGUCGGGUGCCGGGCCGGCCCCCAUGGCCCCGGCCCCGUAUGGCUCGUCCUCCGCCAUGCCAUACGGGUCGUCCUCCGGGGCGCCGUAUGGCGGGUCCUCCGCGACUCCCUAUGGUUCCUCGGCUGCCGCGAGCAGUGCCAGCGGCGGCGGCGGCGGCGGCGGCGGCGGCGGCGGCGCUUCCGCACCGUAUGGCGCCCCUGCCUCGGGCACCGGGGCCACGCCGUACGGCGCCCCCGCCCCCGGUGCCAGUGGCCCUUACGGGGCCCCGGCUCCCGGCGUCAGCUCGUCGUAUGGUAGUGCGCCUGCUUCGUCCACCGCUCCCACGGCCGGCUCGUCGCCGUAUGGCGCCUCGUCCGGGUCGGUGGCCGGUCCGUAUGGGGCUCCGGCCUCCGGGCCGGGCUCCUCCUCCUCCUCCUCCUCCGGUGGCGGGCCCUAUGGCAGCGGGGCGCCGGCCCCCGGGUCCAGCCCUUCUCCGUACGGCGCACCGGCUGCGUAUGGCGCGCCCGCUGGCGGCACGUCGUACGACCCCCCGGGCUCGGGCGCGGCCCCGGCCGCUGGCGGGUCCUCCCCCUAUGGGGGUGGCGCCCCGUCGGCUGCCGGCGGCGGUCCCUAUGGCGGCGGCGCUCCGUCGACCGGUGGCAGCGCCCCGUACGGGGCGUCGGUGCCGGGCUCGUCGUCGACUGGCGGCGCCGGCGGGGCCCCUUACGGCGGGGGUCCGGGCGCCUCUUCGAGCGGUGCACCGGCCCCGGGCGGCUCGCCGUACGGCAUGCCGGCUCCGGGCGGCUCGCCCUACGGGGCCCCUGGCGCUGGCAGUGGCACGCCGUAUGGCGGCGGUCCGGCCCCCGGGGGCGGCGCCGCGCCGGGUGCCUCCACCACGGGCGGGGCUGCCGCUCCGUCGAAUGCGCCGUACGGUGCGGCUGCCCCGUCGGGGUAUGGCACCCCUGGGCCCGGCCCAUCGGGCGCCGGCCCCGGUAGCGGCCCCAGCAAUGCGCCGUAUGGCGGCGCCUCGGCUGCGGGCCCCUCGCCCUAUGGUCCGCCCUCCUCCUCCUCCUCCUCCUCCUCGUCCGGCGGGGGCAGCGCCCCAUACGGCGCCCCGGGCUCCGGCACCGGUGGCAGCGGCAGCGGCGGCGGCAGUGCCCCAUAUGGCGCGGCUCCGGGCUCCGGCGGCACCCCCUACGGUGCCCCGGGCUCCGCUGGCUCUCCCUACGGCGCCCCGGGCUCCAGCAACACCGGCAGCAGCCCGUACGGCCCGCCGGGCACCGGCAGCAGCGCCGGCAGCGGCGGUGCCCCGUACGGCGCGCCUGGCAGUUCCCCCUACGGGGCCCCGGCGCCGGACUCCUCGCCGUACGGUGUCCCUGCAUCGGGCGCCUCCGGUGGCAGCGGCCACGGUGGCCACCCGUACGGGACGCCCUCUUCGUCGGAGGCUCCGGAGGCCGGCGGCCCAGCGCCAGGCUCCUCGCCCUAUGGGGCGCCGUCUGCCGCGAGCGGGCACGCCCCCGGCAGCACGCCUUACGGCGGCCCGGGCGGCUCCUCCUCCGGCAGCGGCGGCAGCGCCUCCUAUGGGGCGCCGGGUGGUGCCAGCCCCUCGCCAUAUGGCGGCACCCCCGCCGCCGGGGCCGGGCCCGGGACCGGGGCCUCGCCCUAUGGCCCGCCCGGCGGCUCGGCGGCCGGCCCCUCGCCGUAUGGUCCCCCCUCGGCGGCCGGCCCCUCGCCGUAUGGCCCUCCCUCGGCCGCCGGCAGCACGCCCUAUGGCUCCUCGGCCGCUGGCAGCACGCCGUACGGUGCUCCGGCGCCAGACUCGCCGGAUUCGCCCGAGCAGCCGGCCUACCCCGGCAGUGGCGGCUACCUGGGCGGCGAGUCUGCGCAUGGACCGUCCUCGGGCGGGGCUCCCUACGGCGCCCCCUACGGCGACCCCGGCUACUCGUACAGCCCGUAUGGCGGGCCCGGCGGGCCUGGUGCCGGCCCCGGCGGCUACUCCCCGGCGUACGGCGGCCCUCCCGGCGGCUACUCGGCUCCGGGCGGGGCCCCAGGUGGCCCGGGCUUCGCUGGGUAUCCCCCGGCCGGGGGUCCGUCGUACCCCGGCGGCGCGCCGUAUUCCUCGCCAUACAACCCGUAUGGCGGCCCGCCGGGCGGCCCGCCCUACGGUGGCGGCCCGUACGGCGCACCUCCCCCCGGUGGGGUGCCCUCCUUCUAUGGUGGGCCCCCGCCGCCGGGCGGCCCUGGCUACUCCUACCGUCCCCACUAUUAGUGGCAGGGACGGAGGCCGGGCAAGGGCGCUGGCCUUUUCCUUGCCCCGCGCCUGGGCCGCUUCGCCUUUCAUUUUGUGCCCCCCCCCCCUCCCCCUCUGUGUCCGGCAGGCGUAUGCGUGCCCUCUUUGGUGCGUGGGGGGGGGGGACCUCUUUCCCGUGUGGGGCACCCUCCUCCGGCCGCGUGGACGAGAGAAAUACACCCACACAUUCGA